CAGGCCGAUCGCCUCGUGGGUCUCAGCAUGCUCGUCGCAGCGACUGCCGUCUUCGUCUACUACACCGUCUGGACACUGUUCAUGCCCUUUGUUGAUGAUGACCACAUCCUUCACUCUCUCUUCCUCCCUCGCGUCUGGGCUAUCCGCAUCCCCGUCAUCCUCCUUAUUCUCGGUACCACCGUCGUUGGCAGUUUCGUCUCGGUAGUAAUGAUCAAGAGCAAUCGCAAGAAGGCACUCAAGGCCCAGCAAAAGAAGGCAUCAUAA